AUGGCGACGACAAAGACAAAGGUUCUGAUCAUCGGUGCAUCAGGUGAGACUGGACGGUCUAUAGCGAAUGGUUUGCUUGAGGAUGGCGGCUUUGAGGUCUACUCUUUCACACGGCCGGCAUCAGCCCAGAAGCCACAACUCCUCGACCUAGCAAAGAAAGGGCUCAUUAUCCGACAAUGCGAUCUGUCCGCCCCGGAGGAAGAACUGGCUGAGGCUUUGCGGGGGAUUGACGUUGUCGUCAGCAGUGUGGGACCUGCCGAUCAGUUGUCACAGCUCAACAUUGCGACAGCAGCGAAGGCUGCUGGUGUUAAGCGAUUCGUUCCAUGUGCCUUUAUCACCGUCUGCGCACCCGGCGGCAUCAUGUGGUUGCGCGAUGAGAAAGAGAAAGUCUACAACCAUAUCAAACAAUUAAAACUUACCUACACGAUCAUUGAUGUUGGUUGGUGGUACCAAAUCGCGACUCCCCGACUCACAUCGGGAAAAAUCGACUACGCGAUGACAGUCGCCAAUGACGAGUUGGUCGAAGGUGGGAAGACACCAAGUGCCUUUGUUGACUUGCGCGACAUUGGCAAAUAUGUUACUCGGAUUAUCGUCGAUCCACGAACAGAAAAUAAGAUGGUCUUCUCAUACAACACAGUGACGUCACCAGAGGAUAUUUUCGCGAUGGUCGAGAAAAUGAGCGGGGAGAAAGUUGAGCGAAAACAUGUAUCCAAAGAAACUGUUAUGGCACGUGUCGAAGAAGGUCGAGCACACAGUGAAACAUAUCCCUUUGACGCGUCAAAAUUUACUCUCCGAAUCGCAGCCGAGUACCAACUAUCGUGGGGUAUACGCGGGGAUAACGUGCCUUCAUAUGCCAAAUAUCUCGGAUAUCUUGACGCGAAAGAACUAUACCCGGAUUUCAAACCGAUCACGCUUGAAGAGUACAUCCAAGAGCUCCUGUCUGGAACAGCAACCGGUAUCUACACCGACCGGAUUUCACGUAUCUAUUAA